CCCUAAAUAUGGCCGUUUCGUCUCGAGACUCUUGGUUGCAAAAGGAACAAUAGAGUCUCUUAUUCGAUUAUUUUGUUUUUUAUUUUUGAUGUUCAUUUUUAGUACAAUCUUUUACAUCUUUGUUUUUUGUUUUAAUUUUUUGUCGUAUGUUCACAAACUCGUACUAGAUUUAUUUUAGUUCAAUAAAGUUUCCCAUUCCUUUUCUUUAACAAAACUUUUUAGAUUAAAGUUUAAUUUAAUUCUCUUUAUUAAUGACUUCAUCAUUGGACAUUGUUGACAUUGACACGGAAAAUCGUGAUCCAGAUUUGACUCCAAAACUUAUUGCCGAUAAACUCAAUCUUGGUCCAAAAUUUGAAGAAUGGCUGACCAAACAAAAUGGCGACCCUCUUCUGGUGUUGGACUUUGUUGGUGGUGAUUGUUUGGAUCUUGAAAACCGGGUGCUGAUUAGAAAUGCUUUAGUCGCUAAUGGUGGUGAGGCAACUGCUUUUGGCAACAUAUUCAAGUUCCAGGACUCGACUCAACUCCGUAAUGCUAAGCGUCGGGUGAAGUAUGCAGUUCCUUGGGCAUUUUACAACUCUUCUCCUAUGGUCGAGGGCUAUCAAGGCGCCAACAACGAAUAGAUUCAAUAUACUCGAACGCCAACAAUUCUUUCUGCGGUUGUCACUUCUUUCAGUGACAAAACUGGAGUUUUGCAUAUGACGUUAAGCGAUUUUUUUG